CGUAUCUCUUGUGUUGUUAUUUACAAUCAUAUAAGAUAAAAUUGACAUCAAAUUUGGCAACCCCUUCAUUUAUCAUGAAAACCAGGAAAGUCUUCAAAGGAAGGGAAUCAAAGGAAGUUCCUUCCACCGUUCCUUCCUUGUUGUCGCCCGUUCUUCAGCCCCGCUACUUUCGAUUUAGAAUCUUGUGCGACAGAAAAAGAAUUAAGACCAUGGAUGGGAAACAUCAGAGUUCAGAACUCACUGAUGAUGACAAAGUUCUCAAGGCCAGGGAACUCAAAGAUAAAGGCAAUGCUGCCUUCAAGGAGGGUCAGUAUCAGAGAGCUGUUGGCAGUUAUCACAGAGCCAUGCUGUACAUCAAAGGUCUCAGUAUCAACUCUCCCUCCCCUCUUGGUGGUUUGGCUGCUGCUUUUGGAGAAAAUGCCCCUGGGAUGGAAAAGGUACAGAUGUCACCUGAGAUGGAGGCUGAAGCUCGGAGACUGAGUUGUGACUGUCACAACAAUUUAGCAGCAUGUUUACUCAAGGAAUCAGAGCCAAAGUACAGGAGGGUCAUUGACCUUUGCAAUAAAGCUCUUGAAUCUUGUCCUGGUAAUGUCAAAGCUUUGUACAGAAAAGGGACCUCGCUAUAUGCUCUCGGAGACUUUGAAGAAGCUCUCACUGCAUUGGAGAAAGCUGGCCAAGAUGCAAGUGUGAGGAAGCACAUUGAUCUCUGCAAGGUUGCCAUCAAGAAACAGGACAAGGAAUUGUCGCAGAAAUACAAAGCUAUGUUCAAAUCCUGACCUGAUUAGAGUUCAAAAUGAGUAAGGAAGAUUAGUUGCUAGAUAAAUUUGAAUGUGUCUUAAUCCGCUCAGCUUUCCGUCAAAGAGAGUUUGAUGGAUUGGCUACGUGGCCUGAUGAUUCUUUUGCCAUGAGAAUUCAGGUUCAGUGAGUGGACUCUGCCUUCAUCAAAAUUUGGACCAUUCAAUGUUUAUUAAUGGUUUCCUCUCUGUCUAUGCAAAUUUCUGAGUUGCAUGAUCAAGGGACAUCUUUGUUAGUGUGUAUGAAGUGCUUUAUGAAUUAUUAUUGAUAGUGUAUGUAAAGAAGACAACUAACAUAAUGGUGGCUACAACGAUGAACGCUCUUGCUUUCCGUUCCUUGUGAACCCAGAGUCAUUAUUAUCCUGUGUGUUGAGUACUUUUUGAUGACAAGAGAUACUGAAUGAUGUGUUGACUGAAAAUAUCAAACAUUUGUUAUGUCUACAGGUCGAGCUCUGACUGUAAUUUAUCUCUAUUUCUAGUAAGAUGUUAUAAACUAUGUUUUAUAUACGUUGGGCAUCAUAGUGAAAUCAGGCGCUCGUUGAACAAAUGACAUUUAAAAAAUCUGCAUUUUUCGGUCACUGGGCAAUU